AUGGCAGAACCAGAACAGCAGUCCUCAGACUCUCAGGGACUGGUGGCUGGGCGGGUGGGAGGGCGGGUAUUGAACCCCUUUCUCUUCUCCUCAGACACCACCACGCGUCUCCUGCUGGGGGCCAUCGCGGUCCUUCUGUUCGCCAUCCUGGUGGUGAUGAGCAUCUUGGCAUCCAAGGGCUGUAUCAAGUGUGAAGCCCCCUGUCCGGAGGACUGGCUGCUGUACGGAAGGAAGUGCUACUUCUUUUCUGAGGAACAGAGAGACUGGAACACGGGCAGGCAGUACUGCCACAGCCAUGAGGCCGCGCUGGCUGUGAUUCAGAGCCAGAAGGAGCUGGAAUUUAUGUUCAAGUUCACACGAAGGGAGCCCUGGAUUGGACUGCGCAGAGUCGGGGACGAAUUCCACUGGGUCAAUGGGGACCCAUUUGAUCCAGACACAUUUACCGUCUCAGGCCCGGGGGAGUGUGUCUUCGUGGAGCCCACCAGGCUGGUGUCCACGGAGUGUCUGAUGACCCGGCCCUGGGUGUGCAGCAAGAUGGCCUACACGUGAGGCCCAGCUCCAGCCUCCUGCAGACGCCUCCUCGGACAGCAAUGGCCCUCAGUGACCACUCCCUUUCCCCGACACCUCUAGUACUUAAGACUGAGCUUCUCACAUGGCCCGGGUCUGUGUGGCCUUGUCAUCUUGUGACUCAUCUCUUCACGCCACCUGACUGCUCUCAUCUUCUGAUUAUGUGUCCCUACAUUUUGGGGAUUAUGUGUUGUUAGUAGUGCACACAGUAGAUGCUCAAAAAUUAUUGUAUAGGACGAUAAGAUUGCCCACGAGUGUCAUCUCUGAACUAUCUGCCAUGGUGGGAGGUAGUGGUGGCCGGCCAUUGCCAGAAGGCUUGUCCUUUUGGCUUUGGUGGGCAUAGCAUGAUUUCAGAGUGACAGCAAAAUGAACUCUGUUUGGCUUAUGUGACACGAGCUCACUCGCUCCUGUUCCCCGAGCAUGCACAUACUGGGCGGGCCGAGGAGGGUGGCCCAGAAGUACAGGGGUGACGAGGGAGAGCUGCCUCAGCCUCCAAAAUGUCCUUUGCGUUACACACAAAGCCCAGUGUGAGGAGACAGCUGGAAGAGGAAACCAGGCCCAGGGUGUGUUGUCAUCUGUGACUCGGGAUGGCUCCUGAAGGGUCCUGUGAUCAUCGGGACAGCCCUGUUCAGAUUAUAUCGCCGUGCUGUUCUGUGAAAGAUGACUUGGUGCCCAGAAAUGCCCAGUGUCUGCUGAGGGCUUACACCAGGACGGGUGCAGGAACUAACUGCUGCUUUCCUCUUUUUGGGUCUGUAACCAGCUCCACACUCUAAGUGUGGGAUUCAAAUUGGAGGCAUCAAGAAAACCCACCACUCUGCCCAUCAGAGAUUCCUCUUCUCUGCCAAGCGGCCCGGAGUGAACACGCACUACGCUUCGCUCCCAAGGCCUGCCCGAAGCUGGGUCCGGUUUUACUGACAAGCGGUUGUGUAGCUCGGGCUGCCGUGCGAAACCUCUCUUCAGGCUUUACAUCUAUCUAUAGAGUAGGAAUAACGCCUGCCCUGCUGACCUCACAGGGUUUUAAGAAUUGUAGAUGUUAGUAUUUCAGGGGUUAGAAAUGACCUACACCAUUCUCACUAUCCCUGAGGCCCAGAGCAGUUCAGUAACAUGUCCAAGGUCACACAGCUAGUGGCAGAGCUAAAACUCAGGUCUUGUGGCUCUCCUGCUCCUGGUUCAUGCUCUUGUUAUUGCAUGUAUCAUGCUUUGUCUAUUUGUUUUCUUGUCUGUCAUUCACGCAGAAGUGUGAGCUCCUAGAGAGCAGGGGUCCAGUCUCACAUUCCUGCAUAUCCCUCGCACCUGGUACAUACAGAAGGUGCUCAAUAAAUGUGUGUUGAAUGAAACUGA